CAAUCGCUGAAGCCGACCGGCUACACCGGUACCCGGUUCCCGUUUCCGACGGCUAUAAUAUUCGCACUCUCUCUGUUUCCCAGAAGAUUCGAUCCUAAUUAAAAGAUUAUUUUGUCGCCCUUUUUAUAGAGCAACCAACGUUAGCUUCUCUGUUACUGUCAACUCUCUCUCUCUAACUUCAAUUCACACCUAGGGUUUCUCUUUAAGGUACUCUGUAUUGACUUUUUUUUUUUUUCUCUCUCUAUAUAUCUCUUUAUUUGUUGUUCUAUCUUAUACUUUUAUUCCGUAUCUUGGUCCUCUACUCUGCAACAACUCUAUACCAAAUCUAGAUUUUAAUCCUCCAUAACUUCAAUUUUCAUAGUUCUAUGCUGAUGUUAUACUCUUCUGAACUCGAAAGUUGAUCACUAGAUUUACACGUCUGGUGUGAUUUCAUAGAAUCGUUUCUUAGAAUUUACGGAGUUUUCUUUCAAAUUAUAUACCGUAAUUGAUUUGGUUAGGUUAGAGUCUUCUAUGGAUACUCUUGUGCAAGGAUAUUCUAGUUCCGCAAAGGGGUAUGAUUUUCAUCACCACUCAAUUCCCGCCCUUUCGCCUCAAAAUCAUGUCAAUGGACACCAAUUCAAUGGUAUCACUACAAAUCCUCUUCAUCCUCCCGGUGAAGUAGUAGUAUCUCCGGGCUCGAGCUUGAGCUCGGAGGGGGAAUCUACGGAGGAGGGUGACUUUUCCGAUGCGAUUCUCCGGUACAUAAGCCAGAUGCUCAUGGAAGAGGAGGAUUUGGAGCAUAAGCCUUGUAUGUUCCAUGACUGCUUGGCUCUUCAAGCUGCUGAGAAAUCAUUCUACGAUGUUCUUGGGGAGGAGUACCCUCCUGAGCUUAGUCUAAACCCUCAAAUUGUUGAGAGCCCAGAUGAUGAUUUCGCUAGGUCUUGCAGUAGUCAGAGCAGUAAUAGUUCUACUCCUGUGAGCAAAUUAGUUGAGUCUGAAUGGGUUCAUGAUCAGAGCGAAUUCGAAGCUUCAUUUGGACUUUUGCAAUCCAAUUUGCAGUCUUCAAACAAUGCUGCCUAUGGUGAAAUGGAGUCUCUGGUUAGUUCAUUUCCGGCUUCGAAUUCCUAUAAUGGGGCUUUUACCAUACCGCAGUUAAGAGGGAGAGGGAGAGGGAGAGGGAGAGUGGAAGUUUCCCAGAUCAUUUCUGAUAAAAUUAGUGUGAAUUAUGGUAUUGAGCCGAGAGAGAAGAAGUCGGGGGUAGUGGUCGAGGCAGAGGAUGGUGGCAGGAACCAUUAUUCACCAAAUGGGGUGAGGGGAAAGAAGAAUCAUUUUCGAGAGGAUAGUGAUUAUGUAGAAGAAGGCCGGAGUAACAAGCAGUUGGCGAGCAAUUACCAUGAAGAGCCCGAGCAAUUAGAUAUGUUUGAUAAGGUGUUGCUAUGUUCUAAUUUGAACCCUGAGUUGUGUUCUGAUGAAGCAUUGCCAAAUGUUGCAAGCAUUAAGCUGCAGCAGAAUGGGAAGCCAAAAGCUUCAAAUGUUGGCAGGCCGCGUGGUAAGAGACAAGGCAACAAAAAGGAUGUGGUGGAUUUAAGGACAAUCCUAACGCAGUGUGCACAAGCUGUUGCGAAUAGUGAUGUCAGAUCUGCGAAUGAUCUGCUGAUGAAGAUUAGGCAACACUCUUCUCCUCACGGUGAUGGUGGCCAGAGACUGGCUCAUUACGUUGCCGAUGCCCUCGAGGCACGCUUGGCUGGAACCGGGACAUCAUUGUAUACAGCAUUUACUACCAGGAGGAUAUCGGCUGCUGAUAUUUUAAAAGCGUACAAGGUAUUUGUUACAGCCUGCCCUUUCAUUAAGAUGUCGUAUUUCUCUGCAAAUCGGAUAAUUAGGGAAUUAGCUGACAAUGCAAUGAGGAUUCAUAUAAUUGAUUUUGGAAUUCUAUAUGGUUUUCAAUGGCCCUGCCUCAUCCACCGUCUCUCCAAGAGAUCUAGUGGACCUCUUAAGCUACGCAUCACUGGAAUAGAUUUUCCCCAACCGGGCUUCCGGCCAGCUGCAAGGGUUGAGGAAACAGGACGUCGCCUAGCAAAUUAUUGCGAGCGAUUUAACAUCCCAUUUGAGUACAAUGCCAUAGCAAAGAAAUGGGACACCAUCCGACUUGAGGAUCUCAAGAUUGACAGAGAUGAGGUGCUUGUGGUUAAUUGUAUAAACCGGUUGGGGAAUGUUCCUGACGAGACAGUGGUGAUGAGUAGUCCAAGGGAUGCUGUCUUGAACUUGAUUAAGAGGAUUAGCCCAGAUAUAUUCAUCCAUGGAGUCAUUAAUGGCACUUAUAGUGCCCCCUUCUUUGUCACAAGGUUCAGAGAAGCACUCUUCCACUUCUCGGCACUCUUUGACAUGUUCGAGGCCUGUGCACCAGCUGAAGAUCAAGAUAGGAUGCUGUUUGAGAAAGAAGUCUUUGGAAGAGAUGCUAUGAAUGUCAUAGCAUGUGAGGGCACCGAAAGGGUUGAAAGACCAGAAACAUACAAGCAAUGGCAAGUUCGGAUUCGGAGGGCUGGGUUCAGGCAGCUGCCACUGAACCAGGAGAUUGUCAAGGAUGUGAGGAGAAAGGUGAAGUUGGAUUACCAUAGUGAUUUUGUUGUUGAUGAGGAUAGCAACUGGAUGCUGCAGGGAUGGAAAGGGCGAAUCAUCUACGCUCUCUCAUGUUGGAAGCCUGUUCACGAGAAUUGAGUUUAGCAAUUCUCUUCACUGCUUAGGAUUUGUAAAUCUUGGCGCGUGCUCGUUGCUCAGGUUUCUGAGAAUCUAAGCAGAGAUUGAAAUACAGAGCUGAUCUUUUGUGAUUACAACCUACCAACCAUAUCUGGAAACAUGUUGCAUCUUGAGUCCUAUGCUGUCGGCUGAUUUUGCUGUUACAUUUUUAUAUCAUUCUAUUAAGAGUCAUUGGGGUCCUCCUUGGGAAAUAACUUGAUCUUUCACCUUCAUUGGUUCUGAAGAUGGUCGACGGGACGACGUUGCACCGGUGCAGCCUCCAUUUUCUAUUUUCAUUGUAUUUAAAUAUGUAUAACAGUUGGAAUUCAGAUUUGUUGAUUUGUAUUGUUACUGUUAACUAGCCUUGCAACCACUAGUUUACAUGUAUUGUAGUAAAAAAAUUUCUACUCAUUCGAGCUUAUGAACCAUAA